AUGUCCCAACAAGGCUGCAACGUCAGCAAGGAGGUGACCAGAGUGCCAGUGGAGAGCUGUGGACAGUACACCUCCUGUAAGACCUGUCUGGGCUCAGGAGACCCGCACUGUGGCUGGUGUGUCCUGCACAACAAGUGCUCCAGACAGGAAGCUUGUGAGAAGUGGGCAGAGCCUCAGCAUUUCAACGUGGAGUUGGAGCGAUGUGUUGACAUGAGCGUAACCCCUAACAACAUGUCGGUGACCUCCAACCCCACACAGUUGAAUGUGAAGGUGGUGAAUGUUCCAGACCUGUCUGGAGGGGUGACCUGUGUGUUUGAGGAGCUAAGUGACACUCUUGGGGAGGUGCAGUCAGCAGGACAGGUCCUCUGUAUGUCCCCCUCCCUCCGAGACCUGCCCCCCCACACACACACCUACGGUGACAAGCGCAUUGUGAAGCUAUCACUGAAGUCCAAGGAGACGGGACACAAGUUCAUCACCACUGACUUUAUCUAUUACAACUGCAGUGUUCUCCAAUCGUGCACAUCGUGUGUGAGCAGCCCGUUCCCCUGUAACUGGUGUAAAUACAGACACAUCUGCACCAACAACCUGGCAGAGUGCUCCUUCCAGGAGGGCAGGGUCAGCGGCAUGGAGCCAGGAGGUUGUGUUUAUGUGGUCACCUUCGACCCCACCGUUAUUGCUCACAGGAAGAUUCCAGAUGACGGCAUCGCUGUGUCUGUUCCCUUAGCAGUGUCGCUGGUGACGGCCACUGCACUCACGUUUUUCCCCCAGUACUGGUACGAGGGCGACGAGUCAGGGGACCUGCCGGUGGACUUCUCUAUAGUGUGGGAUGGAGACUUCUUCAUAGACAAGCCUCCCAACAUGAAAGCCCUGCUGUAUAAGUGCGAGGCCCAGAGGUCCAGCUGUGGCCAGUGUCUGAAGGCCAGUGCAGAGUUUGACUGUGGCUGGUGUCUGGACAGCAGAAAGUGUCUCCUGAGACAGCACUGCCCUGCGGCCGAGCAGAACUGGAUGCACCACGGGAGACACAACCUGCGCUGCAGCCACCCCCGUAUCACCAAGAUCCGUCCCCUGACAGGGCCCAGGGAGGGGGGCACGCUGGUCACCAUCGAGGGGGAGAACUUGGGGCUGCAGGUGAGGGAGAUCACUCACGUCCAGGUGGCCGGGGUCCGGUGCAUCCCCGUCCCCUCUGACUACAUCAGCGCUGAGAGGAUCGUGUGUGACAUGGCGGAGGCCCUGCUGCCUCACUCCCCUGGGGGCUCUGUGGAGCUGUGUAUCGGGGUGUGCAGUGCAGAGUACCGCACCCAGUCCUCACAGACCUACUCCUUCGUGACCCCCAUUCUGACCCAUGUGCGCCCAGAGAGGGGACCCGUGUCUGGAGGGACCAGACUGACGGUGUCUGGCGUCCACCUGGAGGCUGGGAGCAGCGUCAGGGUCUUCAUCGCCCAGGAGGAGUGUCUGUUUGUCAAGAGGACCAACAGGGAGAUAGUGUGUGUGACGCCCGCGUCCCAGUCUGGCACUGGCCCCGCCUCCAUCCGUCUGCUGAUUGACAAGGCGGAGGUGACCAGCACCGAAAUACGAUACAUCUACACCGAGGACCCCACCAUCCUCAGCAUCGAACCCAACUGGAGCAUCGUCAAUGGCAGCACGUUGAUCACCGUCACAGGAACCAACCUGCUCACCAUUCAGGAGCCCAAAGUCCGGUCCAAGUACGGAGGAGUGGAGACCGUUAACGUGUGCACGGUGGUGAGUGACCAGGUCAUGACCUGCCUGGCCCCCGGCAUCAUCUACACCCGGCCCCACUCAGCCCCGGAGGGGGGGCUCCACCCGGACGAGUUUGGCCUCAUCCUGGACCACGUGUCCAGCCUCCUCAUCCUUAACGGCACCCCCUUCACCUACUACCCCAACCCCACCUUCGACCCGCUGGGGAACGCGGGCAUCCUGGAGGUGAAGCCCGGCUCGCCCAUCAUCCUGAAGGGCAAGAAUCUCAUUCCUCCCGCCCCCGGCAACAGCCGCCUCAACUACAGCGUGAUGAUUGGAGAGACGCCCUGCCUGUUAACCGUGUCCGAGUCCCAGCUGCUCUGUGAUUCGCCGGAGCUGACCGGAGAGCAACGAGUUCUGAUCAUGGUGGGGGGGAUGGAGUUCUCCCCAGGGACGCUCCACAUCUACUCAGAUAGCGUCCUGACCCUGCCCGCCAUCAUCGGCAUCGGAGCCGGCGGCGGCGUGCUCCUCAUCGCCAUCAUCGCCGUGCUGAUCGCCUACAAGAGGAAGACCCGCGACGCCGACCGCACCCUCAAGAGGCUGCAGCUGCAGAUGGACAACCUGGAGUCCCGGGUGGCUCUGGAGUGUAAGGAGGCGUUCGCUGAGCUGCAGACAGACAUCCAGGAGCUGACCAACGACAUGGACGGGGUGAAGAUCCCCUUCCUGGAGUACCGUACCUACACCAUGAGGGUCAUGUUCCCCGGGAUUGAGGAGCACCCCGUCCUCAAGGAGCUCGACUCUCCAGCCAACGUGGAGAAGGCCCUGCGUCUGUUCAGCCAGCUGCUCCACAACAAGAUGUUCCUGCUCACCUUCAUCCACACCCUGGAGGCCCAGCGCUCCUUCUCCAUGCGGGACCGGGGCAACGUGGCCUCCCUCCUCAUGGCGGCGCUGCAGGGCCGCAUGGAGUACGCCACCGUGGUCCUCAAACAGCUGCUGGCCGACCUCAUAGAGAAGAACCUGGAGAACAGGAACCAUCCCAAACUGCUCCUCAGAAGGACUGAGUCCGUGGCAGAGAAGAUGCUGACCCUGACCAAUUGGUUCACUUUCCUACUUCACAGGUUCCUCAAGGAGUGUGCAGGAGAGCCUCUCUUCAUGCUGUACUGUGCCAUCAAGCAGCAGAUGGAGAAGGGUCCUAUAGAUGCCAUCACCGGAGAGGCCCGCUUCCUCAGCGAGGACAAGCUCAUACGACAGCAGAUCGACUACAAGACCCUGUCCCUGAUGUGUAUCCCCCCAGAGGGCGAGGCUGGGACAGAGGUGCCUGUCAAAGUGCUGAACUGUGACACGGUGACACAGGUGAAGGACAAGCUGCUGGAUGCUGUGUACAAGGGCAUCCCCUUCUCCCAGAGACAGCAGGCGGACGACAUGGAUCUGGAGUGGCGUCAGGGUCGACUAACCAGGAUCAUCCUGCAGGAUGAGGACGUGACCACCAAGAUAGAGAGCGACUGGAAACGGCUCAACACACUGGCUCACUACCAGGUGACAGACGGCUCCUUGGUGGCCCUGGUCCAGAAGCAGGUGUCAGCCUACAACAUCGCCAACUCCUUCACCUUCACACGCUCGCUCAGCAGAUAUGAGUCUCUGCUGCGGACGUCCAGCAGUCCAGACAGCUUGCGUUCCCGCGCUCCGAUGAUCACGCCCGACCAGGAGACAGGGACCAAGCUGUGGCACCUGGUCAAGAACCACGAACACGCCGACCAGCGCGAGGGAGACCGCGGCAGCAAGAUGGUCUCCGAAAUUUAUCUCACCCGUCUCCUAGCAACAAAGGGGACGCUGCAGAAGUUUGUGGACGACCUGUUCGAGACGGUCUUCAGCACGGCCCACCGCGGCAGCGCCCUGCCGCUCGCCAUCAAGUACAUGUUUGACUUCCUGGACGAGCAGGCUGACCGCCGGCAGAUCACCGACCCGGACGUGCGACACACCUGGAAGAGCAACUGCCUCCCUCUGAGGUUCUGGGUGAACGUGAUCAAGAACCCCCAGUUUGUGUUCGACAUCCACAAGAGCAGCAUCACAGACGCCUGCCUGUCCGUGGUGGCCCAGACCUUCAUGGACUCCUGCUCCACCUCGGAGCACCGCCUGGGGAAGGACUCGCCCUCCAACAAGCUGCUCUACGCCAAGGACAUCCCCAACUACAAGAGCUGGGUGGAGAGGUACUACCGUGACAUCAGUAAGAUGCCCAGUAUCAGUGACCAAGACAUGGAUGCCUACCUGGUGGAGCAGUCUCGUCUCCAUGGCACCGAGUUCAACACUCUGAGCGCGCUCAGUGAACUCUACUUCUACAUCAACAAGUACAAGGAGGAGAUCCUGACAGCUCUGGACAGGGAUGGUUACUGCCGUAAACACAAGUUGAGACACAAACUGGAACAAGCCAUCAACCUGAUGUCUGGCAGCAGCUGAGGCUGGGCGGAAGGGGGU